GUACAUAAAACGAGAGAGAGCGGCGUCCUCCACACAGAGACCAACAGGCCAGUCUGGGCAGAAGCUGCAGAAUCAUUCAUCUCCUGACCAGCAACCUUCAUCAUCGUCAUCCUCUGUCAAAGCUCCAGAGGCUCUGUGUCAGCUGACUGGCCUCCUCCAACAUGCUCCUCCCACUGCUCUACUUGUCCGGCCUCAGCCUGCUGGCAGGUGCUGCUGCACAGGUGGUGUUUACUCAGUCCUCAGAGGUGAACAUCAGCUCCUGUCCCAUCACCUACUAUAACAGACGUACAAGAAACUCUGUCUGUGUGUUUGACGGCACCUGCGCUGUGACCGGCCCCACUGUCGUUGACUUCGACGGCCAAGUUUACUCUGUCCCCGAUCGGUGUGCCUACUCUCUGCUGACGACUCCGGCAGUCCCAGGCUUCCUCCUGCUGGGGAGCUUCCUGGAACGCCGUCGUAAAGACGACACUGCAACUGGAUGGCUCUCUAAGACUGGAGUCACCGCCACGCUGUCGCGCUCCAACGGCACCGUUUCUGUCUUUGACGGCAACGCGGCUCAGAUCAAAUUGAACGUGAAGCUUCCUGACCACAGUGUCAGCAGCUGUGAGAUGCAGUACAAUGACACUGCUGACAGUACUAUCAACUGUACCAGGGCGAAUGAACGGUGCCGACCUGAGGGCUCGGGGUGUCCCGCUCUACCUCCUGAGGCCCAGCCGUACGAACUUGACUGCCAGUUGCUGAAGGCCUACCCCAGAGCCUGUAGCCUGCUAAAUACCACUGUGCGGGGCUGGAGUUUGAGGACCGGCUGCUCUCCUGAGACCUUCUGUCAGGACCAGACCUGCAGUGCUACCAAGUUCUGUGCUGAGAGGUUCGCUGGUGGUGAAACCAGUUGCUUCUGCUGGGCCAUUCUUGCCUCUGACCACAGCUCUUUAGGUACGACAGCUGUGUGUGGGCUGGACUCUGCUUCAGUCACUGUGGUCGGUUGUCUCCUGGACGAAAUGGGCAUCGACUACUCUGCCUUACACCUCAAUGACCAGACCUGCAGAGGUGUGAGGGACAAUCAGACCAACAUGGUGACCUCCAGCUUUGACAGCAGCAACACCUGUGGGGUGGUGUCCACGGACAGAGGCAGCCAAGUAAUCUACACGAACACCAUCGUGAUGCAGAACAGCUCCGACCUCAUCGCUCGUCAAGACCAGUUGUACAUCAACUUCUCCUGCUUUCACACUCAGCCAGACAUCAAGACUAUGUCCUUCAGAAUCAAAGACAACUCUGUUGUCGUGCACGUCGCGUCUGGAGCUUGGGAGUACAAUCUGACCAUGAGGGCCUACACCGAUGCUGACUGCACACAGCCUGUGGAGUCGAGCACUGAACUCCAGCCGAACCAGAGGAUCUGGGUGGUGCUGGAGACAGAGGAGCUGGAUGACAGCCUGGUUGUCCUGGUGACCGACUCCUGCUGGGUGACCGAUGAACCGUCACCCAAUGAGACUCUGAGAUACGAGCUGAUCGAGGGCAGCUGUGCGAACCCCACUGACAAGACGGUGGAGGUGGAGGGAAACGGACUGGGACUAUCCAACCAUUUCUCCUUCAACAUGUUCCAGUUCUCUGGGCACACUGGUGACGUCUACCUGCGCUGCCAGGAACAUCUGUGUGCUACAAACAGCUGUGCCCCAGUACGCCUCGCUGGCGAGUGGCAGUGUACGGUCACCUUUAAGUUUAGUGGAGACAGAUUCAUCAGCAUCACCUUCAUCUGCUGGUUUGAACACGGUGUCAUUUUGCUCGGUGUUGUUCUUCCCACUGAUUAUUUCAAACUGUUUGUCUCUUUUGAGUCAUUUGCAAGAUGUUUCAGUACAAGCACAGAGGACGGAGGCUGCUCUUAA